CACCGAUGCUCUGGCCGGCGGCGGAUGCGCGUUUUUGGUUCUCCAUCCUGCGGGGCUGUCAUAGCUGGCGCGCCUCAUCAGGGCAUUCGCAGUAUCCCAGCGGUACUCCUGUGCAAUUGCCGCGCGCGGAGACGCGCCGCCGCAGUAGAAAUCAAUAAAAAUCAGCUCUGAGGAUCAACGAGCGAUUUUUGGGACGCGACGCGGCAGCGGUACAUAUUUGAACAUAGAAUAGCCCCGCCGCCUGCACAUAACACCAUGAGCGAGCUCGACGUCCACCUCGCGGCCGCCUACCUCAAGCGCGUGUCGCUCUCGUCGAGCGCGCUCGACGAGCUGCUCGAGGAGGAGUCCACGCGCAAGCUGCGGCGCGUGUCGUCCUCCAAUAAUCUGGAGGAGGGCCAGAACGUUGGUUCUACCGGUGUCCGGUUCGACGGCUCGCCCAAGGGCAAGGAGCACGGGCGACGGCUGCGCGGCGCCGACGACAUGCGAAGAGUUGUGAGCGCGGACGACAUGCGGCGCGCGGCGCCGGGCGCCGCGCCCGACGAGACGUUACCGACGGUCUCGGACGACAGCAACACGUCCGUGCCCGCGUCGAGCCCGCCGCCGACGACGGAGGCCCUCGAUGCCCUGCUGGUGCGCCUGGAAGAGCGGCGCGCGCUGGGCCCCGUGGAAUUGGGCCGGUGCUCGGAGCUCGCGGACGCGACGGACGAGUUCGUCCGGCGAGGCUUGUUCGACGCGCUCGUGGCCGCUCUGGACAGAAACGUCUGGAGCGAGCUCGGCGCGUUGGUGGAUGUACAUAGACGCGCCCGACCCUACGACCUGCGCGACGACCUGCGGCGGGCCAUCUGCGUCAAUCGGCAAGAAGCGGUCAAGAGGCGGUUAGCCGGCGACGAGGCCGGCGCCUUGGAGGCGAUGCGUGAUUUCAAGAAGUGCCAGUGGCAGCUGAAGCACGUCAUCGAAUUUUUUGAUGCGCACAUCGCCAUGUACGGCCGCCGGUGAACAGAAAAAAAAUCAGGAAUCUC